AUGCAAGAACUCCAACAACAAACCCUAACAGACCGAAUCCAAGACAACGAACUCGACGAUUUCUCUUUUCUUUCUUUGAAUCCAGAUCGCUCUCCGAUCAGCGCCGAAGACGCCUUCCUUAACGGCCAGAUUCGCUCUGUUUUUCCCCUGGCGAUUGAGGCGAAGACGAAGGAACCGCAGGCCGUACGCCCGCCGUUGAAGAACCUUUUCAUGGAGGAAUUGAUUUCUCCGACUGAGAAUCGGAGUAAUGUUUCGCCGGAUGAGUGGUCGGCUUCGGCGGCGCCGACGACGCUGGGGAAGAAGAGCCACUCGACGGGAUUCUCGAAGCUGUGGAGGUUUGGAGAGAAGAUUCGGCGGAGUAGCAGCGAUGGGAAGGAGGCGUUUGUGUUUCUCAGAAGCGAUUCUUCGGAGAGCGGCGGAGAGAAGGCGGCGGAGAAUCGGAAGGGAGGGAAGCGGACGAAAGGGGAAACGGCGUCGUGUUAUCACGAGCGGUUGUACACGAGAAAUAGAGCGGAGAAAGAAAUUAAUAAACGGAAAUCGUUUCUGCCGUAUAGAAGCAAUCUCAUGGGGUUUUUUGGCGGUCCAAACGCCGGUUCGAAUAGAAAUUUUUAG